AUGGAAAUGCUACCAACAUGGUUGCAUAAGCAAAUAUUCAAGAAUCGUCCAUCACCACCACGUGAAAUACAAAAAAUCGCGGUAGAACAUUUAGUAAGGCAAGGAAUCUUUAAGACAGAUUCGAAUGGAGUACCGCUGCCAUCACCAUUAACAACACAGCAAUCGUUGACGAAUGAAUUUACGUUGCCAUCUCUAAAUGGAGACACGAUCGCUGAACACUUUUGGCGAAUCGGUGAGAAUCAAGCGAGACCCGUGCGGGAGCUAGCACGGAAAUUUGCGAGUGUAUCGUUGCCUAAUAUCCCGGCUCCAGGAGCAUGGGUUUUUAAAUCUGGUUGGACACGUUAUGGGAAAGACAAUUCGCCGGAACCUGUAGCUUUUCCAAAUGAAGAAGUUUUAUGCUUUGAUGUGGAAACACUUGUCCCUGAUUGUCCGUUUUCUGUGCUUGCCACUGCUGCUUCGCCAACUGCUUGGUAUUCUUGGGUGUCUCCUCGGUUGAUAAAACAUAAGGAAAACAGAGAAAAAGGAAUCGAAAAUUAUGAACCGACUGUUAAAGGCCAUCUUAUUCCAAUCGGUACUUUAAAUAGAGAGAGGAUAAUAGUUGGUCAUAAUAUUGGUUAUGAUCGAGCAAGAAUAAAAGAAGAAUAUCAUUUCAAACCAUCGGGCACCAGUUUUCUGGAUACAAUGGCAUUGCAUAUUGCAGUUAAUGGCGUGUCCGGUGUUCCCAACUGGGCCAGAGCUAAAUGGGAAGCCAACAGUACUGAGAUGAAAAAUAUUUAUGGGGUUUACGACGUAACUUUUGUGAGUGGCCUUAAUAGAGUAUACGAGUAUCAUUUUAAAAAACAAUUGGAUAAAUCAACUCGUAAUAUUUUUGUGGACGGGACAAUGGAGGAAAUCGUGGAACCAGAAACGUUUCAAAAAUUGAUGACAUAUUGCGCAAAAGAUGUCGAAGCAACUCAUCAAGUUUAUCAAAAAGUGUUUCCACGUUUUUUGAAAAUAUGUCCUCAUCCAGUAUCAUUUGCUGGAAUGCUUCACAUGGGAAACAUGUUUCUGACAACUACUAGACAAGAUUGGAAUGAAUAUAUUGAAUCGUCAGACACAAUAUACGCAGAGAGAUCGUGUAAAUUGGACCACGUGUUGCAGAAUCUCGCAAGAGAAGCAGUUCAAUUGAGCCCGGAAAUAAUAAGAAAUGAUCAUUGGUUAAAGCAAUUAGAUUGGAGCAUUGCUACUAAUGGAAAGAAAUUAGCAGGUUAUCCAACAUGGUAUCGUGAACUAUGGGAUAGCAAAACAGAGCAACUUAAGAUUUCUCCGAGCAGCAAGAUUGGAAUAAUGUUAAUGAAAUUGACAUGGAAAGGUUUUCCUAUCUAUUAUUCAAAACGAUUUGGGUACGUGUAUAGAGUUCCCAUUCAAGAUAAUAGUUUCACACCGACUUCUAUUACUACGCCAUUAUGUAUUUUCUCUGUUAAUGAUGAGGAUUAUGAUCUUUUUGCAGGAGAUAUUGGUGGUUGCUAUUAUCAAAUAUCAAAAACUCUUCUCUUAAAAAACUUCUAUGAAAAAAUUGAAAAGGGGACUAUAAAAUCAGAAUAUGAAUAUGUGACUACUGAACUGUUGAAUCAAGUUUUCUUAUUGUCAAUCGGUACAUUAAUGCGGCGUGCUAUCGACCGAGACUGGUUUACCACGGAAACAUUAAAUGAAAAUUAUGUCGGAGCCAAUUACCGAGAAAAAAUCAAAGCACCAAAAGGGCACAAAAUUGUCUGUGGGAAACUCGAGUCGCUUGAAUUAUGGAUCGCGAGUUUGAUCGGCGAUUCGCAAUUUGGAUUUCAUGGCGCAACUGCAAUGAGCUGGCAUGUUUUGCAAGGAGAUUCGUUGUUAGGUACGGAUAUGCAUUCACGAACUGCACGAGAAUUAAAUGUAUCACGUAAUCAAGCACGUUUAAUUGAUUACGGGAGAAUAUUUGGCGGGAAUAGAACAUUUGGUGGAAAUUUUAUGUUUGUGAAUGAAAUGCUUGAAAGAUUGCAAAGCUCUGAAAAUAGUAGCAACGGCAAUGAUUUAGAUACAAUUAAUAAAGCAAUAAGAUUUUAUAAAAAGACAGAAGGAAGCAUAUUUUUCAAAAACAAGACAAAAUAUUUUUGGUAUGGCGGAUCGGAGAGUUACACAGUAAAUGCGUUCGAUGAUAUCGACUACAAUAGUUAUACUAAUGAUAUUAGAUCGAAAAACUCGCGAACCCCCAUAUUAAAAUCUGGAAAACCGUGGGGGCUGCAAUUAAUUGACAAACCGGUGAACUGGGUUGUGCAAUCGGCAGCUGUGGAUUUCCAGCAUCUGUUGUUGGUCUCAAUGCAGUAUCUUAUUGAUAAAUAUCAGAUUAAUGCACGAUUGAUGCUGAUGGACUAUGAUACUGUGCAGUUUCUUUGCGAUGAAGAAGAAUGUUACCGUGUUGCUUUGGCAAUGCAGACUAGUCAUCUUUGGACGAGAUCUCUGUUUAGUUACAUGAUGGGAAUUGAAGAUUUGCCACUGUCUCUUGCAUUCUUUCCUUCAAUUGAGAUCAGGAAUCAACUGGACCAAAAAAAUAACUCGAAACCUAUCUCACGUAUAACAAUGAUGGAUAUCCUCGAAUUAUUGAACAAAAAAGAGAAUAGCAAAGAAACCACAAAAAACAUAUCGUUAACCGCCUUCGAAAAACUACUAAUAAAACCACUAGCAGAAAGCAAUGAAAAAAAUAAUCUUCUUACGUCAUCAAUAAUGAUUCCACAAGAAGUCGAAUCUCUGCUCAACCCGUACUGUCCACCUGAAGACUCUAUUUUGUUCCUGGAAUUACAGUCGUUGACCACCGAAGAAGAAAUCCAAGCAUUGUUUAGGAUGAGACGCAUGGACGGGCUCGCAAAGAUGUACGAUUAUAUUAAACGGACAUAUCCGAGAUUUUUUGGAAAAGUGGAGAGGUAUUUCAAAUUGGCUGUUUAG